AGGGAGACUUGUUGAUGUUCCUCGCACAACGACCUACUAGUCUUCUUUUAUCAAUGACCCAUGAAUUUCAUUGCAAUUUGUAAUCAGUGGUCCAUGUGAGCUGCUAGAUUAUUUGUAAUUUACCAAUCAGAUUUUAUUAGCUAGGAAAAUCUUAGGGUUCAUUAUAAAGAUAACUAGCGUACUCCUUAAAAUGCAAUUCUUGUUGUAGAUGCUGUGAAGUAAGACAAUGGAAGGAGAAGGAAAGAAGCAGAUUCAUGUGCUUAUGUUUCCCUGGCUCGCACAAGGCCACAUCGUGCCUUUCAUCGAGCUUUCCAAAAGGCUUGCUAAUCAUGGUCUGAAAGUAACCUUUCUCUCCACCCCACGUAAUAUUGCAAAAAUUCGGCCAUUGUUGUCGGACAAGAUUGGGAAGAUCGAUUUAGUGGAGCUGCCAUUGCCGGCGGUGGAGGGGCUGCCAGCAGGCGCAGAGAGCACCGCCGACAUCCCCAACGAAAUGGAAGGCAUCUUGAAGACGGCGCUCGAUGCCCUGGAGCAGCCAUUUGAGGAGCUCUUACACCGGCUCUUACCUGAUUACGUUGUCUACGACUUUUCACAGUACUGGGCUGCAACUGUUGCUGCCAGGUUUGGUAUUCCCGCAAUUUUCUUCAUCAUUUUUACCGCUGCGAUGUGCAGUUACUCGCUGCAUCCAUGCAGAGACAAGGAAUACGAAAUCACUGUUGAGGACUUGAUCGUGCCGCCUCCAGAUUUCCCAUCUACUCAUGUUGUUUGGCGGCCCUUCGAAGCCCGGUAUAUUGUCCCUGCUUACAACGACAGUAACGGAAAGAUCUCAGCCAUGCGGCGCGGCUUUAAAUCAAUCCCUGGAUGCUCCUUUACUAUCAUCAGAUCGUGCUUAGAAAUGGAAGAAAAGUUUCUACUAUAUCUCGAGAGAGCCAUCGGAAAGGCCGUGGUUCCUGUGGGUCCUCUGCCGCCUGAUCUUCUUCAAAACAACCUUUCAGAAAAGGAAUCGUUCUGUCUGAGAUGGUUGGACAAGCAGCCGGCUUCUUCUGUAGUGCAUGUAUCGUUUGGGAGUGAAUGUUUUCUGUCGAAAGAGCAGAUCGGUGCUCUGGCCCGUGGUUUGGAGGCCACGGGCCUGCCGUUUCUUUGGGUGCUGCGCUUUCCUCGUUUUACCAAGGAGGAAUGCAGCGUGUCGGGCUUACUACCCGAGGGUUUUGAGUCUCGAACGCAAGACAGAGGGCUUGUUUACAGCGAGUGGGCCCCGCAGCUGCAGAUUCUUGCGCACCCAUCGGUGGGUGUGUUCCUGAGCCACUCGGGGUGGAGCUCAGUGGUGGAGGCAGUGAAGUUGGGAGUGAAACUUGUACUUCUGCCCAUGAAUGCGGACCAGGGCCUUAACGCCAGGCUCGUGGGGGGCGAACUGAAGCUGGGAUUGGAAGUGGAAAGAGAAGAGGAUGGAAGUUUCACGGACGAUCAUAUUAGAACGGCUGUGCUUAAGGUCGCGAAGGAAGAUUGCGAGGAGGGUAAAACUGUGAAAUCGAGAAUCGCUGAAAUGAGAGAGAUCAUACUUGGUGAUAAUGGAUGGGAAGAAAAAUACAUUAACCAGUUGAUCGAACGUCUGGAGGUCCACGCCCGAACAAAUCAGUCCGUCUAAAGAAAGUCCCAUCUUUGUUCUUAUCGCUUCCAUUUUAAUAAUAAAGAUUACAAUAUCUAGAAAUGUUGUGGCAUUAAAUGUGUCUUCAAAAAUCCAGAUCAGUGUCAUUAAUAUCCAUCUUUUUGUUGUACUAUAUGUUUCAUGAAAAUGGUUUAUCAAUUAAAUGACGUUCUUA